UUUGUAAGGGGACACGACAUGAUUAAGGUGAAAAGAAAAAAAAACAUACUUCGCUGUUACACAAAAUCAUUUUUCUUUUAGACUUUUCUCUUAAGGUCUUUUUCCUUUUUCAGAGCCUCUAAAAAUCUUACAGUACAAUUGAAACAUUCGGAGAAGGAUGAAAUAUUGUUCACAGCUGUUCAUACCACGGCCAUAAAAUGUGAUGAGGAUCACAAGUAGCCAUUGUCUCUUUGCCAAACAUUAUCACUUCAGUAAAUUCAAACCUCUUUAUACUAUGGAUGUACUCAUGAGAUUCAUUUGUAUAGUUACAGGUCUUACAUAAGCUUUCAUUUUUUUGUAAAUUAUGUUAAAAUUUAGUUUUCUUAAUUGUUGAUUUUUAACAGAGAUUGAUCAAUGCCCUAGGUCUGUUUGCACCAGUUAGUUUGUGUUAUUUGCAUGGCAGUGUCAAGACAGAAUGCUUACGAGUUUCCUAAUAGUUUGAAGUAAUUAUUUAAGUGUGGUAAACUUUUUUGCAUUACCUGGUCGCUAGCAAGCCUUUGAGUCUUCUGACAGCUGUGAAAGCUGUCCCUGCCAAAUACUGUAAAAUAUACAGUGCCUGUAAAAAGUAUUUACCCGCGCCUAGGGAUAUUUUCAUGUUUUAUUGUUUUACAAGUUUAAAUCAGAAGUAUAAUGAGGUUUAUUGACACCAAUUAAGCCACUGAAAUGAAAGCAAAACUUUAUGUAAACACAUAAGUGCAUACCAGAAAUAAAGUUGAAUUCCAGGAGGGCUGCCAGAGUAGCUCCAAAUUGCGGAAUGAAGUAAGAAAAAAAAAAGACAAAAUAGUUGGAUGCUUUUGCAGACUUGAAUGGACUGCCAUCUUCGCUCGUCCACGUCUGUUUAUUUUCUUUCCACGUGGGCGUGCUGCGCGCAACCACUGGGUUCCUCGCGGAAGUGACGGCAAGGCGGCGAUGGCGGCUCGCAGUUUCAUUCCGGAUUUCUACUGGACUACAAACUGAUUUUAACCGGCCCGGUUAGACUUUGGGGAACUUUUGUAGAGCUGUCUCUCAUCGGACGCCGCACAGAGAGAAGUCGCGUUGAACCGGUGCUUGACAACGAGCGGCCCCACAGCUUUUUUUGGGGUAUUUUUGUCCAAGGUUCAAGGUGGUCACCCUGUCGAGCUAGCGGUAGCUCGGCAGCUACUAGCUAACGUUAGUUGGUACACAGCUAGCUCCUGAGCUAGCUUGUCAACUAGCUGCGUGCUAAAGGUCCAUACAGCAGCAGUCGUCGUGCAGCAGCUUCUCUUUUGACCACGUCCACGUUUGUCUUUCACAGUGACGAUGCGAAUGCACUCUAUUUAAUGCUAAUUGAGCCACAAGUGUGCAGAGCGAGGUACUCACACGUUUGCUUGGCCUCUUGUUAAUUUGAAUCGCUAGUUUGGCGGCUGUGGCUAAAGACGGAUUUUGACUCACUAGCAAGCAGGUUCCCUCAGUAAUUGCCCCAACAACUUCGGGGAAAAACGUGCUAUCAACUGAGAAUUGAAGUUGAGUUGCUCUGGGGUCUUUGCGUGCUCAUCAACAUGCUGAAGACCCGGCAGUGUUUACUUGGCAUCCGCACUUUUCUCGGCGUAACGUCCAGAAUAUGGGGCGUCAUCAUGUACAUCCUCAGGAAGCACCUACGAACGAUAAUUCAGUAUCAGACGGUGCGAUAUGACACUUUGCCUCUGUCACCCAUCUCCAGAAACAGACUGAAUGCAGUAAAGAGGAAGAUUCUGGUUCUGGACCUGGACGAGACGCUGAUCCACUCUCACCAUGACGGGGUCCUUAGACCCACAGUGAGACCUGGCACGCCGCCAGACUUUAUCCUCAAAGUCGUCAUUGAUAAGCACCCAGUCAGAUUCUUCGUACAUAAAAGGCCACAUGUUGACUUCUUUUUAGAAGUGGUGAGCCAGUGGUAUGAGCUGGUGGUUUUCACAGCCAGUAUGGAGAUCUACGGCUCAGCGGUGGCAGACAAGCUGGACAACAACAGGAACAUUCUGAAACGCAGAUACUACAGACAGCAUUGUACAUUGGAUCUAGGUAGUUAUAUUAAAGACCUGUCUGUAGUACAUGAUGACCUGUCCAGUAUUGUCAUCCUGGACAACUCGCCUGGUGCUUAUCGUAGCCAUCCAGACAAUGCAAUACCCAUCAAGUCCUGGUUCAGCGACCCUAGUGACACAGCACUUCUUAACUUGCUGCCUAUGCUGGAUGCACUAAGGUUCACUGCUGAUGUCCGCUCCGUCCUCAGUCGAAACCUCCAUCAGCACCGACUUUGGUGAUUGGCUGAAUCAAGAGGGGCGGGACUUGUUGACCAGCCUCUUCCUCUCUGCCGGCUUCCUUCCUGCCCUCCGUUCCCAAACAGACGACCCACCAGCCCUCUCUGAGCCUCUCAGACGUGUCCUGAGGAGAUGAGGGUUGGGGUGACCGCCUAACACGGGAUGAACAGUAUGGGAUCACCAGAGCCCAAAAACUACUGGGGAGGGAGGGGGAGCCAGCUUGUUUCUUUUUUUUCUUCUUGAUUCUUUAUUUGUAUUUUUUUUUUUUUCCAAAACAAAAUGGAGCCUCUCUGCCUUAUCGCUCCUGAUACUGACUGUGUGCGUAUGGAGGUGAGCUUGUGUACGUGAGUCGGAGUAUGCUUGCUGAGUUCGUUAGUCCUUUUUAAACUUUUUUGAAGAUUUGGAGGGGGGGAAAGAGAGGGAUCAGCAAAGCAACAAAGACAAUUCUACAUUAUUAAUUCUUCUUCCUCUCCAUCAUCACCAGACGUUGCACUUCAGCAAACAACUCAUCAAUUUACUGUCUUAACCUCUCGGAUCUACUGAGAGGGGGAAAAUAGAAAACCGCCCCUUUUUACACAACCUCAUGCCCCAACGGUGAUUCAUUGAUUCCCCCCUAACAUGAAUGGAUCAACUUACAUGAUGUAAUUGAUGGACCUUUGCUUGGAACAUACCAUCCACAGGCAUUUUUCUGGACAAAUAGCCGAGCAGUCUGAGAUUUUUUUUUUUUUAAAUUUUUCAGCCAUAACCAUCAUUCUUUCCACAAAGCUCCUCAUGGGACUCAGUGAUAAAGACUUGACUGAAAAGUUGUGAGAAAAAAAGAAUGGCUUGUAAUGAUAUGUGGACUGCCGUGCCGCCUUUCCAUAUCUGAUUGUUUCUCUGUUACCAUAAUAUAUGAUAAUAUGACUUCUGCAUACCAUGACAUUUCGCUCUUCCCCUUCACCAUUUGAUGCCAUCCUGAUUUCAUCUAAUAGGAAUUGCACUUAAUUUUUCCCCCUUCUGUUUUUGUUGCAGUUGGUUUUGUAUUUGAUUCAAAUUUGCAGCCUUCCCCUUUCAGUUUUUACCUGCUCCCCUUAAUGUAUGGGUUCAACUAUUAGACCCUCCGUCUUUAAAUGCCUUCUGAACAAUGUCGGUCUUGUUAAGGCUCACAGCGGCUUCUUAUUGGCUCUGUCUCCAGGUCUGUGUUACUAAUAAAACACUUGUCAGUA